CAAAAAGAUGGCUUGCGAAUACCGGAUGAAGCGGAUCUACCAGGGCAAAGUGAAGGCAGUCAUCUUUGACUGGGCAGGCACGGUGGUGGACACGGGUGUAAUGGCGCCAGCCCUCACGUUCCGCUCCAUCUUCGAGGAGGAGGGAGUGGAGGUCUCCGACGAAGAGGCCAGGGGGCCCAUGGGCAUGCACAAACGGACGCACAUCGAGAAGAUGCUGGAGAUGGGCGGCGUGCGCUCCCGCUGGCUGGCCAAGUUCGGCCGCGCGCCCAACGACGACGACGUCGACCGCAUGUACGCCAAGUUCGUGCCCAAGAACAUCGAGGCGCUGGCGAAGCACGUGGACGUGAUCACGGGCGUGCCGCAGGUGGUGGCGGCGCUGCGCGAGCGCGGCGUCAAGAUAGGCUCCAGCACUGGCUUUGUCCGGCCCAUCCUCGACAAGCUGAUGCCCAUCGCCAGCCGGUUGGGCUACACCCCGGACGUGACCGUGACGUCGGACGAGGUGCCGGCCGCACGCCCUCUGCCGCACAUGGUCUGGCUCAACGCCAUCCGGCUCAACGUCAGCGCCAUCGAGGCCGUCGUCAAGGUGGACGACACAGUCGACGGCAUCCGCGAGGGCCUGGCCGCCGGCUGCUGGACCGUCGGCGUCGUCAAAACCGGUAACUACGUGGGCGCGUCGGCGCCACAGCUGGCUGUGAUGCCGCAGCCGGAGCUGAAGCGGAGGAUGGCGCGAGGCUAUGAAAUCAUGACCGACUGCGGCUGCCAUUACGUCAUUGACGCCGUGGCAGACCUGCUGCCCGUCAUCGAUGACAUCGAGCGCCGCCUGGCGGCCGGCGAGAAGCCCUGAGGGCGAACCCCGACUCUGGUCGCAGUGUAAUCAGCGUCGGCCAGGUGCCAUGGUGCUGCCUCUGAUGAGAAACUCUAGUGCUGGGCCGAUAGGAAUCCGAAUCAUCAACCACCAGGAAACUAAUAAAAAGACGCUGAAAACAAUGCGUUUAACUUGGAA